CAGCGCACGCACAUCACGUUGUGUAGUAGCAGAGCGCAGUUUGAUGAGCCUAACCCCGCCUUUUCUGUGAAUGCAGGGCCGCUCCAUGUGACGCUGGGGCUGGAACAAAAAUCCAGUAUGGCGGAAUCUGUCAGGAGAUGAUUUUUCCGCGGAGAAGAGCCCGUGAGACUGUGAAACGGGAGCGGAUCGGAGCUUUACGCACACAUGUUGGGACGCCUGGCCUCCUCCUGAGCUGCGGGACGUUGGGACGAGUGCGAGACAAUCUGCUGUGAUUGGAGCAGCCAAAUCACAAAGCCCAUGGGGAUUGGCUGGUGCUGCUGGACGUCUGUUUCCUGUUUCCAGCCUUGAGGGACCCCACACACACAUUACCGCACACUCGGACGCACACAGAGUCACAGACAGGUUAACACUGUCCCGGAUUCAGGCUUUUCCAAUCCUCCCGUCUCACACACACGAGCACUUGCCCCUGCCGUAGUCCCGUCCCGUCCAGCGCUUCACGUCUCAGCUAUGACCUCACACAGCCACACAGGAGAGGGGAUCCUGGGGAAGGAGCAGUCGCUGGACGUUUUGAAGACAUCAGCGCUCAACCACAUCCCAACAGUGGACAUAAACUCAGCUCUGCCGCUGCGCCUGCCCCCGGCUGCCAUCCCUAUGGACCUGCGUGUGGAGCAUUCGCCGCAGCAGGUGUCGGCCCUGUCGCCGCCCGGGCAGCAGGCCCAGAGCUCCGUGCUCGGGCCCCAGGGUGCCCCUGUGCUGGGGCCCCAGGGCGCCCCUGUACUGGGGCCCUCGCUCCGAGAGCAGCAGCUGCAGCAGGAGCUGCUCACCCUCAAGCAAAAGCAGCAGAUUCAGCGACAGAUCCUCAUCGCAGAGUUCCAGAGGCAACACGAACAGCUGUCCCGCCAACAUGAAGCCCAACUGCACGAGCACAUCAAGCAACAACAGGAACUACUGGCUUUGAAGCACCAACAGGAACUUUUGGAGCAUCAGAGGAAGAUGGAGAAUCACCGUUUGGAGCAGGAGUUGGAGAAGCAGCAGAGGGAGCAGAAGAUACAGCUGCUUAAGAACAAGGAGAGGGGGCAAGAGAGUGCAGUGGCCAGCACAGAGGUGAAGAUGCGUCUGCAAGAGUUUGUCCUCAAUAAGAAGAAGGCUCUGGCUCAGCGCAGUCUCAACCAAGGAGGUCUCCCUAAUGACGCCCCCUACUGGUACCGUAAAACUCAGCACAGCUCCCUGGACCAGAGCUCCCCUCCUCAGACGGGCAUGUCCACCUAUAACCACCCUGUGCUGGGCGUCUACAACCCACGAGACGACUUCCCCCUGAGGAAGACCGCCUCGGAGCCCAACCUGAAGCUGCGCUCGCGACUCAAGCAGAAGGUCACGGAACGCCGGAGCAGCCCACUACUGCGGCGCCGCGACAGUCCCAUAACCACGGCCAAGAAACGCUCGCUGGACAUAGCAGAUUCGGCGUGUAGCAGUGCACCCGGGUCAGGCCCGAGCUCUCCCAAUAACAGCUCCAACAACAUCCCCAAUGAGAACGGCAUCACUGUGUCCAUGUCCAACAGCACUGAGGCGUCGCUGGCCCAGAGGCUUUGCAAUGCAGAGCGCGGUUCCAUCAGCCAACUGUCCCUCUACACCUCGCCAUCUCUACCCAACAUCACCCUCGGCCUGCCAGCUACAGCGACGGCCACUGCUGCCUCCAACGUGACUUCAGCCCAGCAGGAGGUGGGGCUACAGCCGGCCCUCUCGCUCAGCCCUCCCUUCCUCACAGGUGGCCACUUGACCCCCUACCUGGAGGCCGGUGCUGGGACAGGGCACAGCGGGCACAGUCCUCUCCUCCAACACAUGGUGCUGAUGGAGCAGAGCCCAGCGCAGAGCCCCCUGGUGACAGGUGUGAGCGGUCUGUCCAUGUCGCCGGCCGCCUCCAUGGCCAAACUGCAGCGGCAGCACCGGCCCCUGGCCAGGACCCAGUCUGCCCCUCUGCCCCAGGGCAGUGCCCAGGCCCACGCCCAGGCCCUGGCCCUGCAGCAGCUCGUGGUGCAGCAACAGCACCAGCAGUUCCUCGAGAAGCACAAGCAGCAGUUCCAACAGCAGCAGCUGCACAUCAACAAGAUCAUGUCAAAGCCCAGUGAGUCUCCGGUCGGCCGCCAGCACCAGAGCCACCCCGAGGAGACGGAGGAGGAGCUGAGGGAGCACCAGGACCUGCCACUAGGGGUCACCAUCAAACAGGAACCGCCAGACCCCCAGGAGGAGGAGGCGCUACAGCAGCACCGAGAACAAGAGCUCAUCUUCAGACAGCAGGCCUUGUUGUUGGAGCAGCAGCGUAUCCACCAGCUGAGGAACUACCAGGCGUCCAUGGAGGCGGCCGGUCUGUCCAUGUCCUUCCCCGGACACAGGCCCCUCUCCCGGGCGCAGUCCUCCCCCGCCUCGGCCUCCUCGUUUCCCAUCAGCGUCCCGGCUCCAGACCCACCCACCAAACCACGUUUCACUACAGGGCUGGUGUACGACUCCCUGAUGCAGAAGCACCAGUGCAUGUGCGGGAACACCAACAGCCACCCGGAGCACGCAGGACGCAUCCAGAGUAUAUGGUCCAGACUGCAGGAGACGGGGCUCAGGGCGCAGUGUGAGUGUAUCCGAGGGAGGAAGGCCACGCUGGAGGAGCUGCAGACGGUUCACUCUGAAGCCCACGUCCUGCUCUACGGCACCAACCCUCUCCGACAGAAACUUGACUGUUCAAUCACUCCGAUGUUCGUUCGACUGCCAUGUGGAGGAGUCGGGGUGGACAGUGACACUAUUUGGAACGAGGUCCAUUCGUCCAGUGCAGCUCGACUGGCUGUGGGCUCUGUGGUGGAGCUGGUUUUUAAAGUCGCCACUGGAGAACUUAAGAAUGGCUUUGCUGUGGUCCGCCCGCCCGGUCACCACGCGGAGGAAAGCACUCCCAUGGGCUUCUGCUACUUCAACUCUGUGGCCAUCGCCGCCAAACUCCUGCAGCAAAGACUCAACGUCAACAAGAUCCUCAUCGUCGACUGGGAUGUUCACCACGGCAACGGCACCCAGCAGGCGUUCUACGACGACCCCAAUGUGCUUUACUUAUCCAUCCAUCGCUAUGACGACGGCAACUUCUUUCCCGGCAGCGGCGCUCCCGAUGAGGUGGGCAGUGGUCCCGGCGUCGGGUUUAAUGUCAAUGUUGCCUUCACUGGAGGAUUAGACCCCCCCAUGGGAGACGUGGAGUAUCUGGCAGCCUUCAGGACAGUGGUGAUGCCCAUAGCCAACGAGUUUGGCCCCGACAUCGUGCUGGUGUCGUCUGGGUUUGACGCAGUGGAAGGACACCCCCCUCCCCUGGGCGGCUACACUCUCACGUCCAAAUGUUUUGGUUAUCUGACGCGGCAGCUCAUGAGUCUGGCUGGAGGUCGUGUGGUGUUGGCUCUGGAGGGGGGUCACGACCUCACCGCCAUCUGUGACGCAUCUGAGGCUUGCGUGGCUGCGCUGCUCGGACAAGAGCUGGACCCUCUGCCAAAGGCCGUGCUGGAGCAGAGGCCCAACGCCAACGCUGUUCGCUCUUUAGAGAAAGUCGUGGAGACGCACAGUAAGUACUGGCGCUCUGUGCAUCGCUACUCCCCGCGGCUCGGCCUGUCUCUGCUGGAGGCCAAACGUGGAGACUCAGAGGAGGCUGAGGCCGUCAGCGCCAUGGCCUCUCUGUCUGUGGCCAACUCCAACGCCAUGGACCACAGGCCGGAGGAAGAGCCCAUGGAGGAGGAGGAACCACUGUAACAGAGGAACCACGAGGGUGUCACACUGUAACCUUUGACCUCUGCGCAGAAUGUCUCUUUGAGCUGCGAAGAGUCGACUGAUCCCUUCAUUUAGUCCCACCCACUCACCCGUCAGUCACCUUGAUUGGCGAACCCUGGGUUUCUCCAAAACCAGGGAGAGGGGAGGUGGGCUCAGCCUCAGAGUAGGGAGCCAAUCAGGAGACAGAGGACUGACCUGGAGAAAAAACAUUACACAUAAGGCGUUGCUUGGCAGCAUUGGCUUCGUAGAGACACUCAUUUUCUGUCGGCGUUGGCCCGACUUUAGCCCGGCGCUGACCGUGUUGUGGUCAUGUGACGUGCGAGCCAGCAGGCCCACGAGUGAGGUGUGGACAGAAACAUACGGUGCUUUACGCUGCCACAUGGACAGCCUUUUUCUCACAGACUCAGAGCUUACUUUACCUGAUUCCUUCACUGUGGACUUUGGGCGGCCGAAGCUCUAGUAGGCCUUUACAAAGACUUGACCAUGUGGUGAGACUGCCACCUCAUGGCACCAGCCUGUCAUUGCAGAGGGUAUUUGACGAAUGCGAGGAGUGCCUUGGCGAGGGUCCGCUGGAUUUCAGGAUUGUUCAGGAAAAGAUUGCCUUAAGUUCAAAGAUUUCUCUGGGAAUCUUUAGCGAGGAAAGGAGACAGUUAGUUUCCAGUCUUAGAAUGACAAAAAUUAAGCAAACAAUCUUUGAGCAUGUUUACUUGGAAUGUGACGAAGACAUUUGUGUCUGUCACAGCCUCUCUUGAAGAAUUACUUUACUUUUGGAUGGAUCUAUUUUUCUGUAAAAAAGACAGCGCUUUGUAAAGGUAGUUGCCAGCUUCAGUAGAUAAACAAAAGGUGCAAACAUGGAAAACUUCUAAACGGAAAUUAGACUGAACGCAGCCUUUUAUGUAGCCUCCCUUUAACUGAAGUCACCGCUUUGUAAAACACAUAAGCAUGCAUUAGAGCAGAGAGCCACUAGUGACGCAGGAUUCAUGAAUGUCAUCCAAAAGAGACGAGAGAAGCCAAAGCAUGAGUUUGCAUUUACAACAGUACUUUAUCUGGCAGGGUGACCGGCCCUUUAAGAGAAGGCUUCAGAACCAGUUCAAUGUUUACCAGUCAAAUCUUCACAGAUCAAGUGAGCAUUUCUUUACAGCCCCCAUGCUUUGCCCGUUGGCAACUACCUUGGUUACUAGUGUGAACUAAACAUUAGUCAUGUAUAUUGAAUUGAAUAUAUUUUGAAAAGGUGGUCGGUACUGCCUGUUUGUAACUACAUUGUAUGAUUUCCACAUUCACUUUGCCAUGUUUCGAUAUCAGCUGUGUUUGGUAAGCGUGUCCACUUUUUAUUUUUAUCGUACAAGAUUAUUUUUCUAAAUGUUUUUUCAUCCAUAGAUCAGUUCUGUGUUUUUAUCCGUUUUCUGGAUAGUAAUAGGGCUGCCAUUCAUACACUUAGUCACAUGAAGACUUUCUUUCUUGUAUUUAUCGAAAAACAAAACACUUUGUUUCUACGGCUCUCGGCCUUUUCUGCAUUUUCAUCACUUGUGUAUUUAUAACAUGUACUGUUUAUAGGAGAUUUGUAUAUGGAAAAUUUAUAAAUGUACUCUAACUAAUGACAGCUAUGAUAUUGUGAGCGGAACAGUUUGGUGUACGAUAUUACUCCGUGAAAACUCUGCACAUUAACUCUACAUCGACUGCGCUGUUUAAAGGGGCCCUCAGUGACGUUCAUGGAGCUGAAACAGACUUUUUUCACUAAAGGAUUGAUCACUUUGUUGCCUAACUGAUCCUUGACUCUUGUGCAUGAGCGAUAUGCACUCACCUUUAGACUGUGACCACAUCAAGCAUUCGACUAAAGGGAGCUUUGACCGCCAUUUUCAUGUAGCUGGCUGAGUUUGUCUCCUUAAGCAGAGGGAGGGACGGGAGAUACAGGAGGCUGCGGAAACAUUGGCCAAUCACAAGCCUCCGUUUGAGCAUGUGUUGCACUAUCAUAACACCACAUUCUUUUUUCCUCGCCAAAUUUGUUUGUUUUUUUUCAAAUUCACCAGUUGCCAUGAAUUCCAUGAACGUUUGCCAUGUCGAGUGAGGACGUUCACGUUUCUUUUACAUUUUUAUAUCUAUUUCAGACUUGAGUUGCUCUUUUACAUGUCUGACAGAACAUUCCACUCGUUAGUCAUUUGAUUUGGCUCUUUUUUAAAAACACAAAUUUAAGGUUUUUUGUAGAAACUUUAUAACUACUCCGAUGUCUGUUUAUUUGCUGUCUGCUCGCGCCAACUUAAACUCUUUGCAUGGUUUGUGAGUCAGCAUGCCUGCUUGUCUAUGUAACAAAUGUAUUUGCACAACAGAAGAACAUUGGAGGACUUAGAGAGCCUCCCCACGGGCAACUCAACCGCGGCAUCCGGCGGUUUUUUUUCCCCGGUGCCCAAACAAUUCAAAAAGACUUUGUCCAAAUGACUCCACUAAGAAAGGUUUGAUAUUGUUCUUACUAAAUAUCGUUUCCAAUAAGUGAUUUUAAUGAUUCAGCACUUAUUUCAUGUAUGGACUGUGUUAAAGAGAAAACGCUCUGCCAAACCUCUGCUCUACUCACCUUUAAAAGACUCCCAAAGAAUGUUCACUUUCAAAGAUUUUAAAACGGGCACUACUACGGCAACUUAAAGGUGUGAUAUUGUUAAGUUUGCGAAGGGCAUCGUUUGAUUGUCAUACCCACCUCGGCCAGUUCUAUAUAUAACCACUGUGGCUCAAGAGCAAUUCUUGGUUUACAUGUAAAUGAAAAAAAGUUAUAUUUUGUUUGUUGUUUGUCUCUCUUGAUGAAAAUUGUUUCUUUGGGACCUACGCUUUGGACAUUUCAUCUCUGACAUCAUCUACAAAAUAUAUUUCUGAAAAUACACUAA